AUGUCCCCAUCAACAGCCGGUAAAAAGAAAACUUAUGUCGUAGAACAUAUGGAACCCGAGAUGGGAGCUUGGUCCACCCUCGAGUAUGCCAUCAUCUCCCGCGAGUCUGCCGCGUCCGGUAGUGACUUCUACCUCACCUCUGUUCCAGCAUCCCUUGUUUCGAACCUCCCAGAGGCGCUGAAGCCGUACGUGGGUGCGCCGCUGAAGGUGACGGAGGAGGAGGUUACCAAGGUGUCAAGCGGGGAGAGAGACAGAGUGUGUUUGUUGGAUCCGCGCGCGGAGAAGGAGUUGUCACCGGGAGAUGCUGAGGUGUUUGAUUGGUUUGUCUUCGGGGGAAUUUUGGGCGACGAUCCACCAAGAGAUCGCACCGGAGAACUUCGUAAGCUUGGAUACGAAGGUCGGCGCCUCGGAAGUCUGCAAAUGACUACCGACACCGCAGUGCGUGUUACUCGCAUAGUUAUCGAGAAUCAAAUCCCUCUUGACGAAAUCCCAUAUUCGGACUACCCCGAGCUGAAACUCAACAAGAAUGAGGCUACGCAGAUGCCAUUUAGAUAUGUCAGGGGCGAGGAUGGGGAGCCGGUUAUGCCUGAGGGGAUGUUAGAGCUCAUCGAGAAAGAUGCAGAUAAGAGCUUUGAUGACUUUUUCUAA